GUGCUUUUCCGAUAUGACCAUUAUGUCGUGCUUGACAGCUCGGCACUGUGCUGCGAAAACACUCACAAACGGCUGGUAAAAUGCAAUGGAAAAUGCAGCAGCCGGUGUCAGAGUCAGUCGCCGCCACUGAAACAACAUCUUUAGACGCUGGAGUGACAUUGUAGUCGGCCGCCGAGGAAUGCCAAUCAGAGAAAGGGCUUCAUUUGGCCAGUCUAGCUAGCACUCGCUACAGUAAGUUAGCUGUUUUCUAGCCAGUUGGCGUCCCCGGGUGAAGAAACUUCGGUGCAGAUCUAUGGGCUGAACAUUACCAUAUAUAGGCCGGCUCCAGACCUCCCUCGCCGGUAAAAUGUAAACUGUGCCUGGCUGGUUAGGUCGGACAAGGGGAAGCAAUAACAAAAGCACCGUCGUGUGAGCUUGAGCGCACGGCCCGAAAUCAAAACACGAGCACGUUAAACAUGUCAUCUGACCAAAUCAUUGCAAUCGUAAUGGAUGACAAAAAGUACGAGGUCAACAAGAAGAAGCUGAUCGAGAAAAGCGACUACUUCCGUGCACUGUACAGCUCCGGGAUGAGGGAGUCCACGGAGGACUCGGUGCAGCUGCAGGGACUCAGUGUCCCGGGCCUGGAGCUGGUCCUCGAGUUCAUCAACACGUCCAAAGUGCAGGUCGUCAACGAGACACUGGAGGACCUGAUCGAGACGGCAUCCUUUUUACAAGUGACCUCCAUCCUCAAGCUCCUCUCCUCGGAGAUCCGCCUGGACAACUGCGUGGAGCUGUACAGCCUCUCGGAGGUCUACGGGACCCACGACCUGCGCAAUGCUUGCCUCAAAUACAUGACCUGCUACUAUCACCCCAUGCUGAGACGGGCGGAGUUCAGGAGCCUGCCAGCCGCUGUGCAAGACCAGGUCAGGGACAUGCGCAUGAAAGGCAGCGCAACCCUGGUGGCCAUCGGAGACUUCACCUGCCUGUCCCUGGAUGUGCCCGACCAGGACGAGCCCUGGUCCAUGCUGAGGUACGGAGAGGUGGAGCAGCGCUGGAAGCCGCUGGCCAACAACCUGCCUCCUGAUAUGAUCAACGUCAGAGGCUAUGGCUCUGCUGUCCUGGACAACUACUUGUUCAUAGUGGGGGGCUACAGGAUGACAGGCCAGGAGAUCUCAGCGGCGCACUGCUACAACCCCUGCAGGAAUGAGUGGAACCAGGUGGCACCGCUCAACCAGAAGAGGUCUAACUUCAAGCUGCUGGCGGUACAGGGGAAGCUGUACGCAGUGGGAGGCCAGUGUCUGGGCACAGUGGAGUGUUACAGCCCAGAACAAGACUGGUGGACCUGCGUUUCCUCCAUGCCCAACCCGCUGGCAGAGUUCUCUGCCUGCGAAUGCCAGGGCAUGAUCUACGUCAUGGGUGGAUACACUGCAAGAGACAGGAACACUAAUGUCCUCCGCUACUGCCCCACCUCUGACUCCUGGGCGGUGUUUCGCGCCUGCUCAGCGCACGUGCGCAAGCAGCAGAUGCUCUCGGUGGAGGACACCAUCUACCUGGUGGGGGGGUACACGCAUGAGCUGGAGCCGGGCCGGCGGCGGCCCAGCCAGACGGAGGACAUGCUGACAGUACAGUCCUACAACAUCACCACGGGGGAGUGGAUCCAGCUGAAGGAGAACACGUCCAAGUCGGGCCUGAACCUGACUUGCACGCUGCACAACGACGGUAUCUACAUCAUGAGCCGGGACGUCAGCCUGCCCACCAGCCUGGAGCACCGAGUCUUCCUCAAGUACAACAUCUUCUCUGAUGCCUGGGAAGCUUUCAGACGCUUCCCGGCUCUGGGCCAGAACAUGCUGCUUUGCUCCCUUUACCUCCCCAAUGUAUUAUGAUUGGGUAGAGGUGGGCGGCUAUGUGAUGUGAAAGACAUCUAUGAACACUAAUGGACAUGGUGGAGCCCAUACAGCAUCGAUAAGGUCAAUGUGUGGCUUUUUUAUGCUUGCAAGAGGUUGGAGUUCUGUGGCAUUAAUGAGGACCAGUGGUAAUAGUAUCUGGUUGCCAGGUUGAAGGCCUUGUUACCACUGUGCCUAGAUAACACACUAUAUUAUACUGUAUGUACUGCUAUGAAUGCAAAUAAGUAAAACUACAAAGACAAGAUGAUAACAGCGAUGAACUCACUGACCUUGAAUGAAUAGAACGGCGAUGACCACUCCAGUUAUUUGAGUCCUUGAGACGGCUGCCACCAAACAUUUGAUAAUGUUGUGGAUUUGAGCAUUGGUUUAAUACAUGAGACUCGGGGAGCAUUAUGUGUUACAUAGUCUGAUGAUUUACCGAUGACAGCCAAUGUCAACACUCCUGCUUUCUGUGCCUCAUGCACAGCUCUGUAGUGCCACUGCUUAUUUCCAUGACUACAGCAACUAAAUUCUAUGGUCAUUUUUAAUUGUACUGAAAGAAAUGACCAUGACCCGUUCGUAAGUGGCUGUUCUAUCUAUUCUGUUUCUGUAAAUGAACUGCUGGUCAGUAGAACUACGGCAUCACAACAGCAUGCUUUUCAAAUCUAUGGGUCACAAUACAUUCCUGAUGUUUACACUACAAGUAUGGCAUUUGCAAACAUCUUCAUCCAUAAUUCACUACAAACCUUAAAAGCUGUUGCAAAUAUCUCAGAAACAGAACAUAUUUCUUGUCUUUAUAUAUAUAUAUAUAUAUAUACAUAACAGCAAAUAUUAAUGAAAAUGGCUUUGGUUUUACACUGCCAAUUUUAUGAGAAUUAAGAAGUUGUUUAUUGUAUGAAAGUGUCAUUAGUUGAUAUUUGGAAUGACUUGGAUGGAGCUUGAUGUGGAUUACAUGUGUAAGUCCUAUUUUUCAAAGAUAUGCUAAGCAAAGCUUAAAGCGCAUUUCCAUGAAAUGGAAGAUGCACAUGUGCCUUCUCCAGCCACAGUAAAAAAAAAAAAAAUAAAAAAAAAGAGAAGAAAAAAAGCACAAAAUGCAAAACUGUGUUACAUAGCCAG